AUGGCAGGAGUAGCUGAUUCGUACGCCGAUCCAGUCCGCAUCGCCGUGAUAGGUGGCACAGGCCUCCAAUCCCUCCCCCGCUUCACCCACGCCGCGACCCUCAACGUCUCAACCCCAUGGGGCGCGCCCUCCUCCCCAAUCUCCAUCCUGCACCACCCCUCCCCGACCUCCGGAAAGCCGAUCCCCAUCGCCUUCCUCUCCCGCCACGGUCUCCACCACGAACUCGCGCCGCACGAAGUGCCCUCCCGCGCCAACAUCGCAGCCUUACGCUCCAUUGGCGUCCGCACGAUCAUUGCGUUUUCGGCGGUCGGGUCGCUGCGGGAGGAGAUCAAACCGCGGGACUUUGUGGUGCCGGAUCAGAUUAUUGAUCGGACGAAGGGUGUGAGGCCGUUUACGUUCUUUGAGGGCGGGAUGGUUGGGCAUGUCGGGUUUGGGGAUCCGUUUGAUGAGGGGUUGGCGAGGGUGGUGAGGGUUUGUGGACAUAGUUUGGAGGGCGAGGGGGUGGAAUUGCAUGAUCGGGGGUUGCUUGUUUGUAUGGAGGGACCUCAGUUUAGCACCCGCGCCGAGUCGAACCUCUACCGCAGCUGGGGCGGGAGCGUUAUCAACAUGUCCGCGCUGCCAGAAGCGAAGCUUGCCCGCGAAGCCGAGAUCGGGUAUCAGAUGAUAUGCAUGGCGACGGACUAUGAUUGCUGGCACACCUCCGAGGACGUCAAUGUCGAGAUGGUCAUGGGCCAUAUGAAGGCGAAUUCCGAGAACGCACGACGGUUUAUUGGCGCUGUGCUGGAUGAGCUGAGCAAGGAAGAGCAUGGCGUUCUUGUGUUGGCGAAGCAUCUAGAUGGGCAAACGAAGUUUGCUGGAAGUAUUACUGCGAAGGCUGGAAGGGCAAAGGGGGCCUCGGAGAAGCUGGAUUGGCUCUUUCCUGGUUAUUUCGAUUGA